AUGGCACAGAAUCAGCAAACAGCAACACUUUCAAACCUUUACGCUGAAUUAAACCGCUUUGGCCAGAAACAGGAAUAUGAAAAGGCCGUUAGAAUAGCAAAUAAAAUUCUACAGCAGCAUCCUGAAGAAUUUGCAGCUUUCAACUGUAAGAUUGUCAGUCUUCUGUUGCUAGGCAACUUCGAUGAAGCCCUUCAAGCUUUGAACAAGGACAAGACCCAUUCAGGGUCCCUCAAGUUUGAGAAAGCCUAUUGUGAGUACCGUUUGAACCGUACGAACGAGGCUUUAAAUACCUUAAAAUCAGUCACCACCCAGGAUGUACGCACUAAGGAGCUAUUGUGCCAAGUGCUGUACAGAAUUGAACAGUUUGAAGAAUGCUACAACCUGUACAGAGAUGUGAUCAAAAAUUCACAGGAUGACUAUGAUUCAGAAAGGGAGACAAAUCUGUCAGCUGUUAUAGCUUCUCUUCAGUUGUGGGGCCUGAAGGACAUGAGUGAUCCUGGCUUGGAAGAAAACUCAUAUGAAAUCUGCUACAACAACGCUUGCUACUACAUUGGCAAGGGAGACCUGAAAACUGCUUUGGAGAAAUUAGAUAAAGCAGAAGAUUUACUCAAGAGUGACACAGAUUUAACAGAAGAAGAACUUGAUGAGGAGCUUGCUAUAAUCAGGGUUCAGCGGGGCUACAUUUUCCAGUGUCAGAACAAGAACGAACAGGCGGCCCAGCUCUACAACCAGGUUCUGAAGACCAAGCCCUCGGAUGUUGGGCUUGUGGCUGUUGUUUCCAACAAUGUUGUGACAAUCAAUAAAGAUCAAAAUAUUUUUGACUCAAAGAGAAAGAUAAAAGCUGCGACUGGUGACAACCUGAAACAUAAAACAGUCUCCCACCAGCGCAAGCACAUCAACGUCAACCAGUGUCUUGUGCACAUGUAUUCUAACCAGAGCGAGCAGUGUCACCAGCUGGCUAAAAAACUGAUGGAUCAGCACCCUGAACUGGACUCACCCUUGUUGAUCCGAGCUGCUCAGUUUGUCCGAGAUAAGAAGAUAGAGGAAGCUGUUGAACUCCUUCAGGAGUAUGUGAAGAUACAUCCAUCGGAAGCCUUCAAAGCUCAGUUGAUUAUAUCACAACUGUACCUGAACCAGGGCAGUGUGUAUCUGGCCUGUGAUGCUUUGAAAGCCCUCGGAGACCUGGCCUACAAGCCUGGCAUUGUAUCCACUCUGGUUGCGCUGUACUUGAGCCAAGAAGACAAGGAGUCUGCAUCUGAGGUUCUCAUUAAUGCUGUGAACUGGUACAAGAAACAUGAU